CGACACUCAUUGGUCUAAUCUGCAAAUGACUGAGGGAAAGGUUAUCACUUGUAAGGCAGCUGUGCUGUGGGAAAAAGGAGCACCAUUUGUUAUUGAAGAAAUUCAGGUGCAACCUCCAGGUAGAAAUGAAGUUCGCGUCAAAAUGAUCGCGUCUGGCAUUUGUCACACCGAUGAGUCUGUGGUGAAAGGCUAUUUUGACGGAGUAAAAUAUCCCGUUAUCGGUGGACAUGAAGGAGCGGGAAUCGUUGAGUCCGUUGGUGACGAUGUUGUUGGAUUCAAAAGUGGUGAUCAUGUGAUUCCGCUCGGUGUUCCACAAUGUGGUCAAUGUAGAGUGUGUAAGCAUCCCGAAGCCAAUAUUUGCUCAAAGUUUAUCGAUACGAUGUACUGCGAGGGUAGGGAUGUGAGACCGAAGUGCUUCUCAUGUCGUGGACAGGAAGUUACUGGUGGAAUGUCAACGUUUACCGAAUAUUGUGUGGUCAAUCAAAUUGAACUCUGCAAAAUUGAUUCUACGGCACCACUCGAUGAAGUUUGCUUAUUUGGAUGUGCCAUUUCCACUGGCUAUGGAGCUGCAUUAAAUACGGCAAAAGUUCAGCCUGGCUCUACUUGUGCUGUGUGGGGACUUGGAGCAAUAGGAUUAGCAAUUGUGAUGGGAUGUAAAAAAGCUGGAGCGUCUCGAAUUAUUGCCAUUGACAUCAAUACCAGAAAAUUCACCGUCGCAAGAGAAUUGGGUGCAACGGAUUUUGUCAAUCCGAAAGACGUGACUGAUUUGACAGCCCACUUACUGAAAAUGACGGACGGUGGAGCUGAUUACACGUUUGAGGCAAUCGGCACGAAUGCAACGAUGCGACAAGCUUUCGAAACCAGUUGUUUGGGAUCUGGUGUUUGUGUCUUCGUCGGAGUCCCGGCCAGUGGUAUUGAGUUUCCGUUGAUACCAUUUCAAUUGCUAUUGGGGCGGACACUGAAGGGUACAAUUUUCGGCGACUACAAGCCGAAAGAUCAUCUACCAAAGUUGGUCGAAGAGUAUCUGGAUGGUGGGAUUGCGAUCGAUAAGUUCAUUACGCACAGACUUCCGUUCGAGAAAAUUAACGAAGGUUUCGAUCUUUUGCGGAAAGGUGAAUGUAUUCGAACAGUUCUCCAAAUUGCAACCGAGUAGACCUGAAGGAUUUUGAAGGAUUAGUUCGAAUCGCAGGAGAAUGAAAAUUUAAACUUUGUUUUAGAACGGAAAUAAAUAAAUGUUUACUUUCGCCUACGGCUCGAUCAGCCUGCCUUAAAUGUGAAUAUCAAUGCCAUACAAAGAAAAAGUUCAAAUUUAGUUAAAACUCGCUCAAGUCAGCGGUUGUAGGUAACGAGAUUUGGCAAAAUCAGUGGGUACGAGUAAUGAGGACCGACAUGAAGACACUUUUUUCGACAACAAAA